UCGAAAUACCUGGCUGAAACCCCCAGUUUCCCGAUAUCGCAUUGAUUUGCUAAUGCAGUUCGAACAUCGCUGAGGGAGGAAAGAAACCUUUUCCCGCAGAUAACAAUUUCAAUUUCCUGAUUGGCAUUUUCAAAUAAACUAGUUGUUAAUUUGUAAAGUUUGGUGAAAUGCUGGUCCCCAUAUUUAAACACCUCUUGGUGAAGUUCCUAGACUAUUUCGGCCUUGUGAUGAAACUGGCGGAGAAUUCGUGGGUAAUUAUGAUACUGGUCAGCAGCACGAUGGCUCUGGCCUUUAUCCUGAAUGUUUAUUCGGGAAGAACGAUCUUCCGUGAUGUGGCCAACACGGUGGCCAACAUGAGGACUCAAUCGAUGCUGAAACUCCAGCCUUCGCCCAUCAACAUAUCGGAGAACGUGGUGCAGAGAAAGCGGCUCAAUCCCCCUUUGCAAUGGACCCACUACGAGGAUCUUCCGAUGGCGACUGUUCUGCAAAAUAACGGGAAUACAGUUAUCUUGCGGGUCUAUACUCCCAUCAACUUUUUGCCCUACCUGAGCGGAGCUGAACUGGAAGGUAGAUAUUACUUUGUGGAGGCGAUCUUCAAGUGGGGUACCCUGCAAUCCGAGCAUUCGAUUGGCAACCAGAAGUUCUGCCUGGAGAUGCAGGCACUUCAUCGAUGUCUCAAUCAAAAUGGCACUUUUGAAUUCCUAACCUUGUCCUAUCUGUUCAAGAUUUCUCCCUACAAGAACGAAGAGCUGAAGCAGAUCUGUGAUCACCUCAAGUGGAUCCUGCACCCAGGAUCUACAAUUGAGCUGCCACCCUUCGAGCUGGGGUUCCUAAUUAGACCAUUCACCGGAAGUCACUACACCUACAAUGGCACCUACGACAAUGGGGAGAUGACUGUGGCCACCACCUGGUUUAUCAACAAGGCGAUCUUCAACGUCAAUUCUCUUCAAUUGGCCCAGUUUGCAGCCCUUUAUCGAGAGGAUGGCAAAAGGAUGACGAGCAAUGGGCGUCCAGAACAGCCGUUGGGCCAUCGUUGUGUAUAUUUUAACUACUGAGGAGCCGAUAUACAAAAUACAAAUACUUUAUAAAUUUUAAAUAUA